GUUUAGGAGACAGAUUUUAGUGUCUGGCGGAGGUUCCCCACCCCCGGCACUCUCCUGCAGUGCAGGGGGCUUGGAGGGAUCUCUCCGGCUCCUGCCGUGUUUGAAAAUGAUGCGGUGAGAGUGUGUGCAUGGCAUCUGCGUGCUGCAGCAGUGUGGGGCUGACAGAGUGUGUCAACUUGAGCUUUGGCUGUGCAGGCACCGCUGCCGCGGGAGCCUGUUAUUCCAUUCUGGAUUGCUAUUUUGAUACCCAGAUUGCAUCAUUCUUCCUACGUAUAAACAGGGGGUCCCCAGGGCCCUGCAGCUACUCACUUCUCCACCAACACUGUUGUUGUGAUGAGCUCUAUUUAAAUGAGCUGCCGGAUCGGGGCAGGUUCCAGCCACACAUGAGCACUGUCAUUUUGGGGAACAUGGAGGGCCGAAGGAUUUUUAUGGAUCGGGUCCUAAAAGGCUGAGAGUGAUGGCCUCCCGAGCUGAGCAGAGGGCGACAGAGCUAGUUCCUGAAAGUUGAAAAUCUCGUUUUCUUCCUUCUGAGCUUCUAUUCAGAGGCACCCAGAGGAUUAGGAAGGAGAUGCAGCGAGGAAGAGAGGCGCCUCUUUGAGGUCUCCUUCUUGCUGCUCAGUUUGGGAAAAUUGCUGCAGAGACUUGGAAAUAAACAGGAACAGGAGGAGUCAACCUCGCUCUUUCUUGCAGGAGCAUCUCAGGUGCUGCUCUAAUUACAGGGUGGCAGGUAAGCCUGCUGGCAGCCGGGGCAGGAUCGGCAACCAACCUAGGUGUGUCUUGGAUUAAAAUCCGUCUUCCUAACAGAGCUCAUCUCCUGUCCAGGAUGUCGGCAAGUCUAUCUUACCAGAGAUGUAACUGAACAUAUUUUUCUUCAGUCCUUUUCUCCUAGGCAACCCACAAUGGCCAGGAACUGCUCUGAGUGCAAGGAGAAGAGGGCAGCACACAUUCUCUGCACCUACUGCAAUCGAUGGCUGUGCAGCUCCUGUACAGAGGAACACCGGCAUGUCCCAGCCCCAAGCAGCCCACUCUUCUCUCGGGCACAGAGGGGAUCCUCAGGGGUGAAUGGUGGUGGCUCCGGGGACUUCGCCCUGUACUGCCCUCUGCACACACAGGAGGUGCUGAAGCUGUUCUGCGAGACCUGCACUGUGCUCACCUGCCACAGCUGCCUGAUGGUGGACCACAAAGAGCACAGGUGCAGACAUGUCGAAGAAGUUCUGCAAAACCAGAGGAUGCUCCUGGAAAGCGUGACCACGCAGGUGGCGCAUAAGAAAUCCAGCCUACAGACAUCUGCAAAGCAAAUCGAGGACAGGAUUUUUGAAGUGAAGCAUCAGCAUAGGAAGGUGGAAAACCAGAUCAAAAUGGCCAAGAUGGUCCUCAUGAAUGAGCUGAACAAACAGGCCAACGGGCUCAUAGCGGAGCUGGAGGGCAUUACUAAUGACAGAAAGCAGAAGCUGGAGCAGCAGUUACAGAGCAUCAUGGUUCUCAACCGUCAGUUUGAGCAUGUGCAGAAUUUCAUCAAUUGGGCUGUCUGCAGCAAAACCAGCGUCCCUUUCCUUUUCAGCAAAGAGCUGAUUGUGUCUCAGAUGCAGCGCUUGCUGGAGACGAGCUGUGACACAGACCCUGGCUCUCCCUGGAACAUCAGAUUCACCUGGGAGCCCAACUUCUGGACCAAGCAGCUGGCGUCCCUUGGCUGCAUAACCACUGAAGGAGGACAGGUGACCCGGACAGAUGCAGCCUCUGCUGCUUAUGGGAGUUUACAGGGGCAGUCGUCCUUCUACCAGAGCCACCAGGGGCCCCUGGCUCAGCAGGAGGCUCUCAGCCACCCCCAACACAAGUUCCAGCCUCCAGCACUUUGCUCCUCAUCUGUCUGCUGUUCCCACUGCUCCCCAGUCUCGCCGUCCCUCAAAGGCCAGGUCCACCCACCCAGCAUCCACCCAGCUCACAGUUUCCGGCAGCCUUCCGAAAUGGUGCCCCACCAGCUGGGGUCCCUGCAGUGUUCCACUCUGCUGCCCAGAGAGAAAGAGCUGGCCUGCAGUCCUCAGCCACCCAAACUGCUGCAGCCCUGGCUGGAAACAUCGCCUCCUGCAGAACAGGAGAGUACACCCCAGCGUCCAGGGCAGCAGCUGAUAUCCCAGCCUGUGUGCAUCGUCCCUCCACAGGACGUUCAGCCAGGAGCUCAUGCCCCGCCCACCAUACAGACGCCCUCCAUCCAGGUUCAGCUGGGCCACCACCAGAAGCUAAAGCUCAGCCACUUUCAGCAGCAACCACAGCAGCAGCCACCACCCCCGCCACCUCCGCCUCCUCCACCCCCGCAGCAUGCACCCCAGCCCUUGCCUUCAUCCCAGCACCUGGCUUCCAGUCAGCACGAGAGCCCUCCCGGGCCUGCCUGUUCCCAGAACGUGGACAUUAUGCACCACAAGUUUGAGCUGGAGGAGAUGCAAAAGGAUCUGGAACUUCUCCUGCAGGCCCAGCAGCCCAGCCUGCAGCUGAGUCAGACCAAGUCUCCUCAGCAUCUUCAACAAACCAUCGUCGGACAGAUCAAUUACAUCGUGAGGCAGCCAGCACCUGUGCAGCCCCCAAACCAGGAGGACACCCUGCAGGUUACAGAGGAGCCACCAACAUCUGAGGGCCCAAAGCCAGCUCUACCUGUUGAUAAGAGUACUGCUGCCACCUUGCCCCAGACAUCUGGGGAAGAGACUCCUCACAGUGUCCCGCCAGUGGAUGGCGCCUCCCAGCACUCCUCUCCAAAUGUGGUGAGAAAGCACUCCACCUCCAUGAGCAUCAUGGGCUUUUCCAACACCCUGGAGAUGGAGUUGUCAUCUGCCAGGCUGUCGAGGGCCAUAGAGCCACCAGUCCACAGGGUGAGCAGCCUGACAGCUGGCCCCUCCCACUCAAUUCCGAGCCUGCUGAGUGGCCCACCACAAACUGUGUCCAGCCUGCUGAAUGUUUCAAACCGUGCCGUGCCAAGCCUGCCCGCCAGUCACCUGCAGCCAGCGCCAAACCUUGUGCGCAGCACAUUCCAGCCCAUGCCCAACCUGAGGGGUGAUUCCUCCCAGGUCAUCACAAGCCUGCCAAGCAAUCACUCACAGGCCGGGCCUAGCCUAAUGUCUGGGCAUACCCAGGCUGUGCCGAGUCUGGCCGCUUGUUCUCUGCAGGGCAUGCCUCCGGUUUCUGAUGUGCAUGUGGAGACUAGAUCCACUUCCAGUCCUGGCUCUGGCCAACCUGCUGAGAGCCUGGGCCCCAGGGAUGGGGCUGAGUCCUCCCUGGAGAAUGCCUUGUGUAAGAUGGAAACUGAGGAUUGCACUCGCUUCAUAGACUCAGUAGGAAAAGGCCCGAGAGCCUCCAGUCUGGAUGGUCCAAAGGAUUUAGCUAUUCCCUCAGAACUGGAGGAACCAAUUAACCUCUCUGUGAAAAAACCUUUCCUGGCGCCAGUGACCAACACAUCUACUGCCCUGCAACAGUACCGGAAACCAAAAGAAUGUGAGAAUUUUGAACAAGGAGCCCUAGCACUGGAGACAAAAGAGAAUUCGAGCAUCAGAGCCCUCAGUAGUGAGCCCAAGAUUCCCUAUGUACGACUGGAGCGACUCAAGAUCUGUGCUGCCUCAUCAGGAGAGAUGCCCGUGUUUAAGCUGAAGCCCCAGAAGAAUAGCCAGGAUGGGAGCUUCCUGCUGGUGAUCGAGUGUGGCACGGAGUCCUCCAGUAUGUCCAUUAAGGUCAGCCAGAACAGCCUGCCUGAUGCCACCCAAGGCCCAGGUCUGGGGGGAAGAAAAGUCACUGUCACAUCUCUGACUGGGCAGCGGCCACUAGAGGUGGACAGCACAUCUUCUGAAGAGCAAAGACUCAUUCCGCGAGCUCCAGGAGCCAAAAAGUGCACCCCAGUCCCCAUAGAGAAUGAGGACUUCUGUGCUGUGUGCCUCAAUGGUGGGGAGCUGCUGUGCUGUGACCGCUGCCCCAAAGUGUACCACCUUUCCUGCCAUGUGCCAGCCCUGCUCAGCUUCCCAGGGGGAGAGUGGGUGUGCACCCUGUGCCGCAGCCUGACACAGCCUGAGGUGGAGUACGACUGUGAGAAUGCCCGCCUUGGCCAGCCUGGAAUGAGGGCACCUCCCGGCCUGAGCAUGUGGGACCAGAAGAAGUGUGAGAAGCUCAUCCUGUCCCUGUGCUGCAACAGCCUCAGCCUGCCCUUCCACGAGCCAGUCAGCCCCCUGGCUAGGCAUUAUUACCAGAUUAUCAAGAGGCCCAUGGACCUAUCCAUCAUCCGGAGGAAGCUGCAAAAGAAGGACCCAGCUCACUACACCACUCCAGAGGAAGUGGUGUCAGACGUGCGACUCAUGUUCUGGAACUGUGCUAAGUUCAAUUAUCCUGACUCGGAGGUUGCAGAGGCUGGUCGCUGUCUGGAAGUGUUCUUUGAGGGCUGGCUAAAGGAGAUCUACCCAGACAAAUGUUUUGCCCAGCCCCAGCAAGAGGAUUCGGACUCUGAGGACGUAUCUGGCGAGAGUGGCUGCUCCACCCCUCAGGGCUUCCCGUGGCCUCCCUACACGCAGGAAGGCAUCCAGCCCAAGAGGCGGAGGCGGCAUAUGGUAAAGAGCUUCAGCCAGCCAGCAGGCAAGGAGAAUGAAAAGACAAAGAGAAUGCCAUUUCGCCUGGGCAACAGCAUCUCGCAGGUGUGAGAGCUGGAAGGAAAUGGGGCACUCUGGUGGCUGAUGUCCAAUCCUCUCAACCAACCCUCCCCACCCUUCAGCUUAUUCUCUUCAGAGUGUGACUGUGAGAUGAGUCUUGUUGAGCGUGUAGCGCUCCCUUCAUCAUUUGCAUCGCCAGCAUUUAUUUGGGAGCCAUAGUACAUCUACCAUAAAGAAGAUUUUAGUAAAACAGGGAAGAGGGAGGUGUUCCUUAUUGCCAGAGUAAUCGGACAUAGAGGUUCUGUGCCUCUUCAGGCUCAGGAGGACCUGGCUUCCUUGAUGAGCUCUCAUCUGUGGAGAGCACACUUUGCUCACCUCUCAGCGGCCAGGACUCAGGAGCAUUGUGCGCGUCUGAACUCUCCUGGCUUAGAUGGGGGUAUGAGAAAGGAAGCGAGGUUUGGAUAUAUGGCAGGCCUGUGGUCCCUGUCCCAGCACAGCCAAAGACUGUCACUGUUUGCCUUUGCUCGUCCUGUUGGGACAGAGGCAUCUGCUGCUGGCAGAAUAAUGGAGGCUUCUCGAGGCCCUAGGUCUCAAUUGGUGCCUAUUUGGGUUCUAACGGUUUUCAGGGUAUUUGCUUUUCAUGUUUGCUUUCCCAAGUAGGACUUAGGUGGUCACUGUGAAAUGCUAUGUGUGGUUUGGCACUCUUGCUGGGUGGUCGUGCAAAGACCAGUCCCCACUCACACCCAGAAGAUGCCAGCUUCAGAGUCUGUCCCUCUGUGUCCUGACUCUGGGCUAAUAGCACUCCAGAGCCUGCCUUCCCAGACAUGACUAUUAUGACACACAGUGGCUCUUCUUUGAUCCUCUCUGUUCAGACAUUGGCAUCUCCAGUUCUACUUGGGAGAAGUGUGAUGUGUCUGCUGCAGGUACAGGGUUCCCUGGCAAGAAUGAGCCACAGCCAGUGCAGUGUGCCAGGCCUCUCCUGCCCACAGUUCUAGUUUUCUACUUUUUCAUACAGCCAAAGAUCAGAACUGUGGCCAUGUUGCUCAUGGCCCAGAAGCAGCCAGCACUGUCACCACCCCCCCUUUUUUUUUUCUGUUGAAGCUGGAGAAGGCUCAGUGUCCCGCAGGAGUCUGCUUAGGCAUUCACAGGCUCAGGGCAGAGAAGGGGAAAAUGGAGAGGUGAGAAGCUGGUAUCCUUUGGUGACCCUGAAGCAGCGUUAGGGUUAUAGUUCUCACAGAACGUAGAAAGGCAUUCUGGAAGCAUGGGAACAGAGAGGUGGCAAUAGAGUUGCAGGCUACAUUGUAGACAGAUCAGUACACUGUAGGCAGGGUGUUUGGUUUUUUAGGUUUUUUCGAGACAGGGUUUCUCUGUGUAUCCUUGUAUGUCUUGGACUCACUUUGUAGACCAGGCUGGCCACACUUUGUAGACUAGUGUGAGAUUUCGAACUUACAGAAAUCUGCCAUAGGCAGGGUGUUUGUGAGAAAGCUUCUGAGACACAUACAGGCUUCUUCCCAAACAAGGGCUUGGUUGGGGAAGGACCUAUUGAUUGUAUUGCUGGUGGAGCUGUGGACCUGGCAUUUCAGUGGCCUGGUCCUGAGGCACAGCUGGCUGAUUUCAGGGGACUUUUUUUUUUUUUGCAAAGAGUUUAAGGAAGUGAUUAUUCAUAGGGCCUUUGCUGGGAAGCAAUUUUCUUUUUACCAGAAAACUUUUCUUCUUUCCCUGUGAAUCAACAAAAGCACUACUGGACUGAAGGAAUAUCUUCACCUGAGGCAAGGCCCGCCCACUGCCCACUGUCACUCAGCAGAGCUCCCAAGCUCUCCCCAGUAGCUGGGCCUCCAUAUCCUGCUGUCCAGUUCCAGCAGUGGGACCUUCAGCGUGCUGGUAGUCCGGUAGCCUUUGAAAGCAGGCUUUGCGCCUGUGUUCACAUAGCCUUUUGGUUUGGGGCUUCGGCUGUUUCUCUUUUGACUUCUGCAUCUUUUUCUCUGACUGUUCUGGUGAGGCUCCUUCUGUCCUGACCUGCCUUUGAACAUCUUACUUUUCUGUAACCCCUAUUCCUACUGCUUUAUGGUAUUUGGCACUGGAAAGCCACUGAAUGCUAUGAUAGCCUGACAGGCUUUCCUGGACCGUUUGGAGAUUGUGGCCGUAAAACAGAAAUGCCUGGUUCAAAGCUUGGCUUCUCUUGUCUUGAUACAGCUUGUGGCUUGAGUGUGCCCUGUUAGGGCAAGGACCAGUUUCUAGGCUCAGAGAUCUUGAAAAUGUGGUCACUCAUCUGUUCCCUUCUUAUUUUAGAGACCCUCUGUGCGGAGAUGCCCCCUCUGGGCACAUGGGCAGGGCAGAUAAGGAAGAGGGCUGCCCUUUUCUUCAAGGAUGUAAAGCCCCGGUCCACUAUUCCUUCCCUACACUGGUUAGCUUGUGGAAUUCCUUCUGGAACCAAAAUUUUAAAGUCAUGUUUAAAAUAUUUUUUUUGCAUGCAAAAAACGGAACUGGAAGUUUAAAAAAUUAAAAACAAAACCAAAUGCCUGUUCACUAAGUAACUUUUGAUCUUCGGCUCUUUAACAUUUUCACUGGAUCCUGCAGUUCCCGUAUGGUCCCAUUGUAAAGUCAGUUAAGCGCUUUGGUCGUGGACAAAGUCAGGCGAUGGAAAUGCACUGACUUCUGGUUACUGUACUGUCGGGUGCAGCCCUAGAAGGUUAGAAAUUUGUUUCUGGCUGUGCUGAGAAAUUCGAGAGUAGGGUGGCUUCAGUGGACACAAAGGGGAUUUUAGUAUGAAAACAGACACAGGAUGGACAUACAGAACAUGGGUAGGCUGAGCCUCCUGAAUUCUAAUACCAGGUACACACCUGCUGUAGGAACCUUGCUGAAUAGCAGCCACCAGGCCCUCCAUGGACAUUGCUCCAUGUGAGACAUUGUUGGAAACCCAACAAAUGUUGGCUUUCUCGUCCGAGUUUAGCCACAGGUGUUUGUAUGCCUCUUUUUCUGGACUCUGCUCCACUCCCAUUCCUACUGUGCUGGUCCUGGAAUGAACUUCUGAGCGGAGUCUUCGCACCUGUGUCUCUCCAGCCUCACUCACACUCCUGUGCACUUCCUCCUCCCUUGUCCAUCUCCAUGGCUGUAUUCUUCUCUUUCAGACUUUCAUUCUUAUCCAGGCUUUCCUCCUCUUUCCAGCCUGCACCCAGGGCCCUUAUUUUCUUAUUAGCACCUGGAAUUUUCCUAACCUCUCCAGCUUCCACUUUCUCCAUUUUCCACGUCAGUCUGCUUUGGAGCCUUUUCGGCUCCUAAGCGUGGCAGGCUCAGAGCCACAGCCUCAGUAUUGACUGGAAGUUCUUGGAAUUGGUAUUAUUUGUAUCUCUGAUCUAUGUCCUUCAUCUUUGCUAUUAGCCAACAACAGCUCACCAUUUGCUUCCCUGAAAAGAGCUCCUAUGGCCCGGGCUUCCGGCCCACUCUCCUUCUUCCUGUUGACCAGUGUGUGAGUCUCCUGCCUCACUUCCUUUCCUUCUUCUUUUGCACUUUUCUUAUUCUGACUGUGUUCUCUGAGGAUGUCUGUUUUUCACUUACUGUAUUCUGCAUGCACUCUCUCCUUUGCUUACCUCUACUUAGCCUAUCAAAAAGUUCUGUAAAGAUUAAAACAGAAAUGUCACAUCUGUGUCAUAGACUUUUCCCUCGUCCAUCAUUUUCUUUCUUUCUUCUCUUUUUGUUUUUUUUUUUAAGACAGGGUUUCUCUGUUUAACAGUCUUGGCUGUCCUGGAACUCUCUUUGUAGACCUGGUUGGCUUUGAACUCACAGAGAUCCGUCUGCCUCUGCCUUCUAAGCACUGGGGAUUAAAGGCAUAUGCCACCAUGCCUGGCUCUCACAUUUUUCUUUUAAAAUAGACUAUUUGGCUGGUGUGGUGGCAUACACCCUCCCAGCAUUUGGGAGGCAGAGACUAGUUGAUCUCUGGGAGUUCAAGGCCAGCUUGGUCUACAUGUGCAUUCCAGGCCAGUGAGGGCUACUCAGUAAGACCCUGUCUCAAAAAGCAAACAACAAAAGAAUAUUUUCCUUUUAUUGUCCUUCCUCUUUAGUCCUCUAUAGGUUUCCAUAGGAGGCACCAAGUGGCCAUACAGUUGCCAAAUGAAAUGAAGGCCUUUCACUUUUCAACUGUCUCAAACCCCUCACAACGUCUCAACCCACCUCCCCUCCCUUCAUGCUGCACUCUCUUCACUCAUCACUUAGGAUAUCUGGGGUUGCUGCAUUAGCUCUUGCUCAGCCACAAAGGAUGGGCUUGUUUGAAACCGAGACAGAGGAAUGUGUUUGGCUCUUGUCAUUUUCUCCUUUCCAGGGCCUGGGUAAGCAAGAAGACUCAUAGGUGCUCCUGACUCCUCUCUGUUUUUUAUGAAUCCCUUCUUCCUGAUUUGGUUCUCCUCUGAUGAGCUUGUUCAUGAGCACCUGUAGAAAGCUCUGCAGCUGAGCCUUUCCCUCUGUUGCUCCCAGGAGAACAUAGACAGACCUGCUUGUUAAGAGCGCCCACCUCAGUCAGCCUAAGUGGGGGCUGGAUUUUGCAGCUUGCAACCUGCCAUCUGGACAACUCACCACUGUGAUCCACACCAGAUGGAAGCUGCCUCAGUCAGCAGGAAGCUGAAGAUCAUGAGAAGGCAUGCUUCUAUGUAUGGCUGCAUGCCGUGGUAGGACAGUCCUAGUGUGUGUUGGGGGGUGUCUGCCACCAUGACCUUUUCGAGGGAGGGGAGACUGAGCAGUGCUGCGGUUCCUCUCCUGAGCUGAGCCUGGCUCCCCCAGACCCCUCCCAUGGGUCUUUCUCACCUGUGUUGGUCAUCUCCCAUCCUUAUGGAGGCAGACGGUAGCUGCUUUCUUGGAGACAUUGUAGAAGGACACCUGACUUGAGUUUGAGAAUCUGGGUUUUGGCAUCGCCAGUGAUGAGAGGUGUGAUCUUGAGUGCAGUUCUCUCGUCUACAAAGUUAGGGACCUCUCAGAGGUUCUACAGUUCUAAACAUGACAACUAUAAUCCCAAGUCUGAAGUUCAGGCCACAGAAGAACAGAGGAACUCUGUGGGUGGGGACAUAGCUAGGGAAGUCCCAGCCAGGCAGGGCAACAGUCUCUACAGGCCAAAGUGCGCUGCUCUGAAGAAAGUCUUCACUGGCUGGUGCUGCUUCUUGAGCCAUAUGCCCGUACCCCGAGCUGUAUGCUUCUUGGGUGCCUGGACAUGUUCCUCCCAUGUCCUUCCUAGAGUGCUCAUUUCAUCCACAGUGGCUGGGGGCACAAGGAAGGGAUGUAAGGGGAAGCAUAAUUGAUUUUAAAUAAACACUCACAUUCAAAAUCAAAUAAAAAAAAUAGCACUUUUCCUUUAC